AUAAAUUGGCAAAUGAGAGGUUCGAUGAUAGUUUUGCUAAUAGAAUGAUGACAGAAAAAAUUGCUUUUAUAACUUUUGAGAUUGUCAUAAAAUUGCAACUUUAUUCUUUGGGAAUUGAAAAUUUUCUGAUAUCUACAGAUCAACUAUAUACUAAUAAUAUUGCAUUUGGUAUAGCCAAGAAAUUUCCAUACAGAAAGGAAAUCGACAAAGUAAUUUUGCGCUUAUUUGACACUGGAAUUAUAAGAAAGUUCGAAAAUGACGAACUAAGAAAACUCAAAAGAAAUCGACAAUCAAAUUCAGAAAACUCCAGAAUUAAACAUGUUUUAAGUAUGACUGAUUUAGCUGGGCCGUUUUCAAUUCUAGUGAUUGGAUUUAUUUUAUCGCUCGUCACAUUUUUAAUGGAAUAUUUCACAUAUAAAAUAUAUCGAUAUUUUUCUUAAUUAUUUAAAUAUUUCUGGUUUGUGCGACGGUAAAGCAGGGAGAGGACACAAAUUU